GUCCAACGGAGAAAAGCAAGAGCGGUUGAGAUCCAUGCGCCCGCGGGCUCGGUCGUCCUCUUCGACAUGCGGCCCGUGCACACCGGCAAGGGCCUGGUGAAUUCGACACGCAUGUCAGUCGCGAAUCGGCGUCGAAGUUUCGCUCGCGAAGGAUCCGCGGCAUUGCCGCGGUGUCGAAUGCGACUCCCCUUUUUUUCUUCAGCGUCAAACGAUUCCACUUUGAUGUCGCAGGUCACGAACAUGUACGGGAUCUACCCGUCGCGCGUCCGACGCGAAUUCCCCGGCGAGUCCGUCAAGGAACACAUCCACCGCGUCUUUUCGACCGCCAAAACCACGGACAGUGUCGCCAAGUUUGCCGAGCACGCUGCGCUGGAGGGCGGCUACGUGCCAAGCUGCGAGCAGAUGUCCACGUGGCGGGGACCCGGGCUGCACGUUUGAGGGCCCUCUCUUGUGCGUGGCACCUGAGGCCGGUGGGCUUAGGCAGUGGGCUUACUAAAAAAAGUGUGUGUAGUA